AUGAGCGGCAACCAAGCGCCCCUCCGCGCUUCCGACUGCGCGUCUGCGGGAACUGCCUAUCCGCCCAUCGCCACACCCACCAUACUGCCCCCCAGCAAUCCCUGCAUAUCCGGCUAUACCGCAGGCACCCUCCACACCACAUACACGCUGCCAUACAACCUGACCGCCAUCCUACCGCUCAUCUCCUCCUUCGGCAACGUCGCCUGGACCGGCCUGAUCGACCCGACCACAUCCACCGUCGUACUCAACGGCACAGACAACGAACCCGGCACCGCGCGUUCCUACACCCUCCCCGACGGCGCCAAGCUCGUCGAGACGCUGCUCGACUAUUCCUCCUCCUCCUCCUCCGGCUCGUCCGGCUCGUCCGGCUCGUCCGGCUCGUCCGCCCAGCUUGUCGAAAUCCACAGCAUCGCCCACCUGUACCAGCCGCUGGACCGAGACGACGACGACGCCACCAACGUCAGCCUGACGUCCGAGUCAGUCCCGUACGGCCCGCCCAACGGGACCUUCGGCUUCUACGCGGCGCGCGACGGCACGCGCGUGGCUGGCGCGUGCGGCAGCGGCGGAGGGCAAGCGCCCGCCACGGCCUUUGGCUUCUCGGCCGAGUUCUGCGCGACAGAGGUCGCCGCCGCCGCGCGCUGGUUCCGCUCGCGCAAUCUCAACGCCAUGGCCACGCUGGGCCGCAUCUUGGGCGCGGGGAGCGAGAACGUGACGGACUGCGCGAGCUUGGCUGCGGUUGCUACCGCCGGCGGCGGCGGAGGAGGAGGAGGAGGAGGAGGAGGAGGAGGAGGAGUGAGUGGUGGAAGCGCCGCCGAGCCGAGCAGCGCGGCGAGUCAUCAGCAAAUCAGGAUGAGCAUGGGCACGGCGGUGAGCUUGGUGUUGGCGGCUUGCAUGGCGUUUGCGGCGUUGAUGGCGUGA